AAACGUUUUGUUCAAGACAAGUCAAGUAAGCGCCAGAUUACAGCCCAAGAAGAAAGAAAAAUGUCGAACACUUCUAUUGUUUGUAUUGAAGAUAUUGAAAGGCUAGCUAAGUCUCAACUCUCUAAAAAAACGAGGGAUUAUUAUGCAGAUGGUGCUAAUAAUCAAUAUACUCUCGAAGAAAACCGAAGUGCCUUCGACAGACUACGAAUUCGUCCAAGAUUUUUGAGAGAUGUUUCUGUCCGUGACAUGACGGUUACGAUCCUUGGGCAGAAAAUUAAUUUUCCAAUUGGUGCCAGUCCUUCAGCAUAUCACAGGCUAGCUCAUCCUGAUGGAGAAAUUGCAACAGCUAAAGCGGUUUCGUCUAUGGGUAGCAUCAUGAUUCUGAGCACAUCUUCAAGCUAUGCCUUAGAAGACGUGAUAAAGGUUGUACCAAAUUCUACUCUGUGGUUUCAGCUGUAUGUGUUUAAUAAUCGCCAAGUUACAAAAAUGUUGAUUCAAAGGGCCGAAAGAUGUGGAUUUAAAGCCUUGGUGUUAACUGUUGACACACCAAUUUCUGGUUUUCAAUACAAUUUUGCUCAGAACGGUCUUGACAUGUCUAAUGAAAAGAUGGGUAAUUUUGAAGGCAUUGAUCUAAAUAAAGCUGGGUUAAACUAUUCAGAAGAAGAUACUUCCAAAAGGCACUUAGCAUCAUUUUAUGACACGUCACUGACUUGGGACGCAAUCUCAUGGAUACGAACUGUAACAUCACUUCCUGUAGUGGUUAAAGGUAUCUUAACAGGAGAAGAUGCUGAGAUGGCAAUAAAGUAUGGAGCUUCUGCUAUUAUGGUGUCAAAUCAUGGGGGGAGGCAAUUAGAUGGCGUUCCAGCAACGGUGGAUGUAUUGCCCGAAGUGGUAAAGAAAGUAAAUGGCAGGUGCGAGGUAUACUUAGACAGUGGUGUACGAACAGGUACAGACGUUUUAAAAGCCAUAGCGCUUGGAGCGAAGGCUGUCUUUAUUGGACGUCCUGUUCUCUGGGGUCUUACUUAUAACGGAGAAGACGGUGUUAAACAAGUGCUAAAAAUUCUAAAAAACGAACUAGACUUGGCAAUGGCUUUAUCAGGAUGCAAAACUCUGAAAGAUAUCGAAACCACACCAUCUUUAGUGGUGAAAGACAACUAUUAUUCACGACUCUAAAAACAUUUUAUGCGGCUUCAAGUCCUGAAAUAAACUUCACGCUUAUGUUUAUUCGAUUUUAUGUGUGACUAUUUUUGGAUAUUUGGCAAAUAAAACAAAGGAUUUUA